AUGGCUUCAACUAUACAGAAGGCACAAACCGACCUUGAACACAGCAAGGUUGCUGAACGUGGCUACCUCAUACUAGAGUCUAGCCCCCUUGACGAAGACUUAUCUGAAUUUUGGCAUGGAUGUGAAGCGGCGCCCCAUGACAAGAACAUGAUACAGGGAUUCAUUCUUCGGCCCCAUGAUUCUGGUUACCUAGAAGUUUUAGUGGAUCCAUCAGCUUCCAUCAAUCUCACCACUAUUCCCUCAUUUGAAGAAACAUCCCAGCCACCACAAGACCCAGAACAAGACUUUCAGAAUUGGAUCGAGCAGCCCCAACAAUAUGGUAAAUAUUUAAUCUGCGAUCCACUCAAGGAACACAAAGUCAACAAGAUCCUCGAUGCAGGAUCACUUAACCUGAGACCUCAAAUACCUGGAGUUAAUUCAGCUUACUGG